GCAGGCUGGGACUCUGCAGAGAAGGACCAGAAGGUGCCAACCGCAGAGGGGCGCAGAUGUCUUCCCGCACCCCCACCCCACCCACUUUGGGUUUUGUUCACCGGGCUGUCAUCUGUUUUUCAGACCUCUUUUGCAUCUAACAUGGUGAAGAAAGGAGUGAAGAAGAGAACAAAGUAACUCCCGGGGUGGGGAGCGGAGAGCGCUGGUGACCGACACCACCAGUUCCUACUGCUGCGGCCACCCACGUCCAGUGUUCACCCGCAGACCGGAGAGACACAGCGGAUCUGAGAACGGAGCGAGGACAGGCAGCCGGCCCUUUCGAGGAGUUAUGGAUGUUGGUGUAUUCGCUUCUGGCCAGAUCCGUACCCGGAGGGAGCUAACCAGUAGCCACCACCUCCAGCUGUCUCUUUGCCUCGCACCAGGUCUUACCCUUCCAGUAUGUUCCUUCUGAUGAGACAAUUUCCAGUGCCGAGAGUUUCAGUACAAUGUGGAAAUGGAUACUGACACAUUGUGCCUCAGCCUUUCCCCACCUGCCGAGCCGUUGUUGUUGCUUCAUGUUGCUCUUCUUGGUGUCUUCCGUCCCUGUCACCUGCCAAGCUCCUGGUCAGGACAUGGUGUCACCGGAGGCCACCAACUCGUCUUCCUCCUCCUCUUCUUCCUCCUCCUCCUCCUCCUCCUUGUCCUCUCCUUCCAGUGCGGGGAGGCAUGUGCGGAGCUACAAUCACCUCCAAGGAGAUGUCCGCUGGAGAAAGCUGUUCUCCUUCACCAAGUACUUUCUCAAGAUUGAGAAGAAUGGAAAGGUCAGCGGUACCAAGAAGGAAAACUGUCCGUACAGUAUCCUAGAGAUAACAUCAGUGGAAAUCGGAGUUGUUGCCGUCAAAGCCAUUAACAGCAACUAUUACUUAGCCAUGAACAAGAAGGGGAAACUCUAUGGCUCAAAAGAAUUUAACAAUGACUGUAAGCUGAAAGAGAGGAUAGAGGAAAAUGGAUACAACACCUAUGCAUCCUUUAACUGGCAACACAAUGGCAGGCAAAUGUAUGUGGCAUUGAAUGGGAAAGGAGCUCCCCGGAGAGGACAAAAAACACGGAGGAAAAACACCUCUGCUCACUUCCUCCCGAUGGUGGUCCACUCAUAAAAGAAAGCACAGUUGGUGGAUGCAAUACAACCAAAGACUUUGGCCAGGAAGAGUUGGAGUUGGUAUCCUCACAGAAGACUGUAGUGUAAAAGGCAAAAACCUAUCACAGAGCUCAGAUUGCUUAAAGGAAUGAAGGCUUUGGAGGCUUUUGUACUCACUCCUGACAUACAAAGUUCUUUUCAUUAGCUCUGUGUCAUGCCUUAUUCCCAAGACAGAGGCAAAUCAAGUGGGAUGAAGUUAUCCCCAAGUGAACAAUGUUGUGGCUGGGGUUUUUUUUUCUGUGUGUGUGUGUGUUUGUUUGUUUGUUUGUUUGUUUAAGUUUUUGUUUUUGAACUUCUGAGAUAGAAUUUAAAGGACAUGGAACAAUCUGUUGAAUGAUCUUUGGGAAAGUUAUUUAUGGAAUAUGAACACAUAUCAAAGACUUUCAUUGCUCAUUCAAGCCUGAUGAUUCAAUGAGCAGUAAGACACGCAAGCAUUUACUGGAAAGCACUUGGGUCAUAUCAUAUGCACAACCAAAGGAGAUUUGGGUGUGGCACCAUGGAAGAAUGGGAUCAGAUUUACAGAUAUAAACAUAUUAGUGUGAAACCGUUCUAACAAUACAAAUAGUAUGGUAUGCUUGUGCAUUCUGCCUUCAUCCUUUACUAUUUCUUUCUAAGUUAUUUAUUUAAUAGGAUGUUAAAUAUCUUUUGGGGUUUUAAAGAGUAUCCUCAGAGCUGCCCUCUGAUU